AUCGGGAAGCCAAGUCCGGUCAGCCCGGCAGGAGGCUGUGGUGAGGACUGGAAACUGGCUCAUAGCCCGUGAACAGAGAGUGAUGCUCAACCGCAGUCUGUGGAGCCAGGGCAGGUGUCCGGCAUUCCCUGCUGAAGAACCCUCUUCAAAGGAACCUGUUCCCCUUCUAGGAAGUCCAGAAUUCACCUGUGUGACACAACUGGUGUUGCUGGGGUACUGCCGUCCAGUCAUAUUUGAAUAACCAGGGUAUGUGGUUCCGCAUACAGAAGAGACACUUCCUAAUUUUAAUGACCAGGCAGGCUUGGGCAUCCACUUCCUGGGACCAAGUGUCAUCCUCUGAUUAGAAAACGGGGUAGAGUCAAAUCAACUAUAAAACCCUUCUGCUCCACCAGCCAGUGGUUGGGGGGGGCAGAAGAUCUGGGAGAAGAGCUCUUACUUUGGUCUUGAAUGUCUACGGAGCUGACAAGAGAAUAGACUGUCCCAUUGGCUUAAUACACAGAAGAGGAGAAAAAGAUCUGAAAUACUGAACAGGAAGCUAAAAGACUGGAGUGCACUGUUUGCUCCUCCAGAUUGGAGUGCAAAGUAUGUCUCCUGCAUGACUUUCAGUCACUGUGAGUUGGAAGAUGAAGAUACCUUAGCGAGUUCCUGAGUGAAUGGAACAUCUCCAGGCUGGUGUUUUUGGAGAUUAGCUUUGGAUCCUCAUAAGUGACUGAUCUAUGAAAUGGCAGAGAAUGGAACAGAUUGUGACCAGAGACGCAUAGGAAUGAUCAAAGAACAGCACAAUGGGAACUUUACAGACCCCUCUUUGCCAUGUGAACAGAAGCGAAGGGACCGAGAAGAGAGGCAAAAUAUUGUGCUCUGGAGACAACCACUCAUUACCUUGCAGUAUUUUUUCCUGGAAACCCUAAUAAACUUGAAGGAAUGGACCAUAAAAUUGUGGCAUCGCCGAAGUAUCGUGGUAUCUUUUUUGCUGCUGCUUGCAUUGCUUACAGCUGCGUAUUAUAUAGAAGGAACGCAUCAACAGUAUGUGCAGUAUAUGGAGAAAAAAUUCUUGUGGUGUGCCUACUGGGUAGGCUUAGGCAUUCUGUCCUCUGUUGGACUCGGAACAGGUCUUCAUACUUUUCUACUCUAUUUGGGUCCACACAUAGCAUCAGUUACGCUUGCUGCGUAUGAAUGUAACUCAGUUAAUUUUCCUGAACCACCGUACCCUGAUCAAAUUAUCUGUCCUGAUGAGGAGGGGAUUGAAGCAUCCAUCUCUUUAUGGACCAUAAUCUCAAAAGUCAGGCUAGAGGCCUGCAUGUGGGGUGCUGGCACAGCUAUUGGAGAGCUGCCUCCUUAUUUCAUGGCCAGAGCAGCCCGACUCUCUGGUGCUGAACCUGAUGACGAAGAGUAUCAGGAAUUUGAGGAGAUGCUAGAACACGCAGAGGCUGCACAAGACUUUGCUUCCCGAGCUAAACUGGCUGUCCAGAACCUGGUGCAGAAGGUUGGAUUCUUUGGCAUUUUGGCCUGUGCUUCAAUUCCAAAUCCUCUGUUUGACCUGGCAGGAAUAACAUGUGGCCACUUUCUGGUUCCCUUUUGGACCUUCUUUGGUGCAACCCUAAUUGGGAAAGCAAUCAUUAAAAUGCACAUCCAGAAACUUUUCGUUAUUAUAACAUUCAGCAAACAUAUAGUGGAGCAGAUGGUGUCCCUAAUUGGUGCUGUCCCAAGUAUAGGUUCCUCUCUUCAGAAGCCGUUUCAAGAGUACUUGGAAGCUCAGCGAAUUAAACUUCACCACAAGUCUGACAAUGGAGUGCCACAGGGGGAGAACUGGUUAUCAUGGAUGUUUGAAAAACUUGUGAUCAUCAUGGUUUGCUAUUUCAUCUUGUCUAUAAUAAACUCCAUGGCCCAAAGCUAUGCCAAACGAGUGCAGCAGAAGAUGUACUCUGAGGAAAAGACAAAAUAAGCUGGGUAAAACCCAUUGAAAUGGGCUUUAGCAGACAUGCAAGUGACAGGUCUUACCAUAAGUUAAAAACCGGCAUUAUUCAAAACAGGGAAACACUUUUUAAGAUCAUCAGUUUUCCAGCUGUAACAAGUUUUUAAUUAUUUUAUUUUGAAAGUAAUUCACUAUUAGAGAAUAACUUUCAUUUACAAACGUAUGUAUGUUAAUGUAUAUACUCUUUAAUUCAGUCUGAGUUGUACUUUCUGGGGUGGCAAGUGGGAUGCUAAACUAAUGCUGAACAUAAAUGCUUUCCAUUUAAGUUAAUUCCAAACUUGAUGAUUUAAUACUUAGCACAACUCCAGAUUUCCUGAUUAACUUGCAGCCUGGCCUAAACAAUUUUCUUUUGAAGGAUGGCUGUCGUGCCUCAUCAUUUCAAGGUCAUUGAAAUGUGUGUAAAUGAUAGUAGACUGGGUAACAUUCUUGCAUGUCCCUCAUGGUAAUACGAGUCCAUCUGAGUUCUCAGAAAUGCCGUCACAUCGCACAUGCUCUCAGUUGGAAAAGCCACCCUUGCCAACUUCAUAAUGGUGUAAGCAGAGAUGGCUGAUGUCAAACUGGUGCAGUUCACUUUUUUUAUUCUGUAUAUUUAGAAUGAAGUCAAGAUAAAACUUUAUAAAGUCAUCUUUGAUCAUUCCAGAAUUUCUUGUCAGUCUUUUUUAAGCUGUUUUUUCCCCUCAAUACCUUUGGUAUACUCAGUUUCUCUUUAGUUUCUUUAUUAAGCCUAUGUCCAUUUUAUUGCAUGCUUACUAAUCCUUCCUGUACAGUAAGCACAGAAACCUUUUGUUAAUUUUUCUUGAACUUCUUGCUCAGCAGAAGGAAAUAGAAAGCAUGUAUUUGGCACUUUGCAGUAUGGUUUGAUUUAUUCAUUUACGUAGGCUCGUUGAAUGACGUUACUAAUUUUUUUUAUCAUAUCACUCUAGAUGUUUGCUUAAUGUCAGGAAUACAGAUUUAUAGCACUGAGUGCUGCAGGAAAAAAGUUGGGGAAGCGUAGAAAUCAGAAAUUAAGACAGGUUUGAUGUAAAACACAGGAAUAGUAAUUAAUAACCGUAAUAAAGAACAUUAAAGUAUACUUCAAAAAUAUCCCAAUAUUUAUUCUCUUUUAAAUAUUAUUACAAAUCAGUGUGUGUGAAAUUAAUUUGCAUUGAAGGGGCAGACUUUUUCUUUUCUUGGUAAAUAGGUGACCAUUUCAGUGCUACUGUGUAUAUACAACGCUUCUCUAAUAGUCCCUGAACUAGUAGGAAUGUAGUUUUGUUUUAUCCAUCAGAAUAUUAAAAUAAGUUGACUUGUUUAAUCAGACAUUCUUAAAUGGUGGCACAUGGAUCCUAUUUAGGAUAGAACUGGCUCAACACCUAUUAAAUUAGAUGUCUUCCCAUUAGAGUAGGGACGCUCUCAAGCAAGGCGCAAUAAACAUGCAUUUUGUUCUGCCUGAAUGUUCACUUGUGUUGCCUAUGCCUACCGUCGUGACAUCUCCAUGGCUGUACCAUCCUGUCGGAUAGCUUAUCAGACUGAUGUUGACUGUUGGAUCUCAUGGCAACAACAGUCGGUAGGCUGUCUGACAUUUUGGUAUCUUUCAUCUGACCGUUUGCUCAUCCAUCUCAAAUUCUGUUUUUCAUUGAACAUCAACAGGCAUAUAAGUGUUUAAAGUUUAGAAUGCAAAUGAUUUUAAAUGGAAAUGUGUCAUGACUAUUUUUCUUAAAAUAUAGCACUCUGCAUAAGAAACACCUUAAAUUACAUUGCAACGUGUGUGAGAUUUCUAAUGUUUUUACUUUUGUGUGCAUCAUACAUAAUUUUAAACAAACUGUAACAGUGUUACUUGAAUGCAUGAAGAGAAUUUUAUAUAGACUUCUCUAAACAUUGCUUCUGAUCUUAAAAAUCUCAGUGGGACAUUUUCAAAGGCACACAAAGGGCAGUUAGUUGCCCAGCUCCCAUUGAAAUCCAAGGGGUGUUGGAGGCCCCACUCCUGUUUGUGCCUAGAGAUUUAACAAAGAACAAAAUGUAGCAACAAAUUCAUAUGACUAAUUAUACAUGUAUAAAAUCAUGACUAUUUGAUAUUUCACAGCAAUGGUUUAAAUCAGCCAAAACUUAAAUUAUGCAAUUUUUGGUUAGUCAUGUGUUGUAUUUAGCGGCUUUGAGGCAUUUAUUUUAUUUUUCCCACAACAUGUUUUGACUUAGGAAAACAUUGUGGUUUGCCAUUUGUACCACUUUAUUUAAUAGCAGCUUUGUUUUGUUCAGAUCUAACAUCUGCCAAAUAUAUGGGGCACUAUUCUCAUUUAUACCAAAGCCGUUUUACACCACUCUGGCAGUGGAAAGGGCCCAAAACAGUACAUUUAAUUUAGGCCUACUUUAAGGUCCCUUCAUGCUACCAGAGUGAGAUGAAAGGAUCUUGUGUAACUAAGAUUUUGGCCCUAGAUCUUUCUGUCUCACAGCAUGUCUUCAGAUGAUUUCUCAAAUACGCUUUUAGUUUCAUCUUUUAUCCAAAGUCUUUAUAGUGACUCUGCCUAACAACCAAACAAAUUGCAAGCUUUCCCCCACAUAUAUAUAGAUGAUUCUGCAAGCCACAUUUAUAUGUGUCCGUUCUGAUGAACUGUGCUGUAAUUCUGAAAGCUUUCUAAAGUUCAUCUUUUAUCUGAUAUUUAGAGAAUGGACUGAACAGUAUACCUGCUUCUUUCUUAUCAGACACUGGAUGGUGAUCCUUUAAUACUUAAUACAAGGUAAAAAAUAAAGAUUUCCAAAUUGAUGUCUUCAUGUUUGCUCAAAUAAAAAUAAUAUAUCUAA